CCUACAGCAUACAGAGACACACAGAAACUGGAAGUAGCUGGAGUGAACAUACCCCUGGGCAGAAACCACUGACCAACCAUGCCCACAGGAGAGCCUGCCGCAGGGCACCCGCACCCCUUCCUCAGCCCGGUGCUGCUCACCCGGUGCCAGGCGGCCGCCACCGAGGAGGAGCGCGUGGCCCUGGUGGCCCCGGCCAAGGCGGAGGCCUUGGCCUUCUUGCAGGACCAGCCCUUCAGGGACUUCCUGGCCAGCCCGUUCUACGAUAGAUUCCUGCAGUGGAAGCUCUUUGAGAUGCAGCCGGUGUCCGACAAGUACUUCACGGAGUUCCGAGUGCUGGGGAAAGGCGGUUUUGGGGAGGUGUGUGCCGUCCAGGUGAAAAACACGGGUAAGAUGUAUGCCUGUAAGAAGCUGGACAAGAAGCGGCUGAAGAAGAAAAACGGGGAGCAAAUGGCCCUCCUGGAAAAGGAGAUCUUAGAGAAGGUGAACAGCCCUUUCAUCGUCUCGCUGGCCUACGCCUUCCAGAACAAGUCCCAUCUCUGCCUGGUCAUGAGCCUGAUGAAUGGGGGCGACCUCAAGUUCCACAUCUACAGCGUGGGCGCCCAGGGCCUGGCCAUGAGCCGGGUGGUCUUCUACUCGGCCCAGAUGGCCUGUGCGCUGCUGCACCUCCACGGCCUGGGCAUCGUCUACCGGGACCUGAAGCCUGAGAACGUGCUGCUCGAUGACCUGGGCAACUGCAGGCUGUCUGACAUGGGGCUGGCCGUGCAGGUCCGGGAUGGCAAGCCUGUCACCCAGAGGGCUGGAACCAGUGGUUACAUGGCUCCGGAAAUCCUCAUGGACAAGGCGAGCUACUCCUUCCCUGUGGACUGGUUUGCAAUGGGCUGCAGCAUUUACGAAAUGGUGGCUGGACGGACACCGUUCCGAGAUUACAAGGAAAAGGUCAGUAAAGAGGAUCUAAAGCAAAGAACCCUGACAGAGGAGCCCCUGUUCCAACAUGAGAACUUCACAGAGGACGCAAAAGACAUCUGCAGGCUCUUCCUGGCGAAGAAACCGGAGCAGCGGUUAGGAAGCAGGAAAGACUCUGAUGAUCCCCGGAAACAUGCUUUCUUCCAAACCAUCAACUUCCCUCGUCUGGAGGCUGGCCUCGUGGAACCCCCGUUUGUACCAGACCCUUCUGUGGUUUAUGCCAAAGACAUUGAUGAAAUUGAAGAUUUCUCCGAGGUGCGGGGCGUGGAAUUUGAUGACCAAGACAAGGCAUUCUUCAAGAGAUUUGCAACAGGUGCUGUCCCCAUCGCGUGGCAGGAAGAAAUCCUCGAGUCGGGGCUGUUUGAGGAACUGAACGACCCCAACAGGCCGGCAGGCUCCGGGAAGGGGGAUGCCUCCAAGUCUGGUGUGUGCGCGUUGCUGUGACCCGCCCCCUCCGCCGGCGGCGUCCCCGCUGAUGUCCUCCCCGAGUGUUCCCGCACUGCUGAAGGGGACUCAGCGUGGGGACACACCAGCCUCGGAACAGCUCGAAGGGCGGGUGUGCAGCCUCCACACCAACAUGUUUUUAUUUAUUUUUCUUCUUUUUUUCCUCCAUAAAAAUUAGCAAAGUCUCAGUUUUCAGCAAGGGCUGGAAAAAGGGACAGUCGGGUUUAUUUUGAUGAACUGAAGAUGAGAACCCUCCGCCGCCCGUCUCUGAAUCACACACGGUCCUAGGGACAGACGGUGGGGCGCUGCGGUGAACCCGGGAAGGGAGCGCUUGCAAUGCCUAGUAAAUAGUCAUUUCAGGUCUUCCUUGUUUGUAUUCCUCUUCUCUUCAUCUUUCAGUAUUUCUUCUCCUUCUGUACUUACAAAAGAAUUUUGAAACUGAAAAUAAAUGUUCCUGAUGU